AUGGGUCUGGGAGUCAGCGCCGAGGAGCCCACGGGAGGCACCGAGGGCUUUCACCUGCAUGGGGUACAGGAGAACUCCCCGGCCCAGCAGGCAGGCCUGGAGCCCUACUUCGACUUCAUCAUCACCAUUGGACACUGCAGGCUGAACAAGGAGAAUGACACAUUGAAGGCGCUACUGAAGGCUAACGUGGAGAAGCCCGUGAAGCUUGAGGUGUUCAAUAUGAAGACCAUGAAGGUGCGCGAGGUCGAGGUGGUUCCUAGCAACAUGUGGGGCGGCCAAGGCCUACUGGGCGCCAGUGUGCGCUUCUGCAACUUCCGCAGGGCCAACGAGCAAGUGUGGCACGUGCUGGACGUGGAACCAUCUUCACCUGCUGCCCUUGCUGGUCUGCGCCCCUACACAGACUAUGUGGUUGGCUCUGACCAGAUCCUCCAGGAAUCUGAGGACUUCUUCACACUCAUCGAGUCCCACGAGGGGAAGCCUUUGAAGCUGAUGGUUUAUAACUCAGAGCUGGACUUCUGCCGGGAGGUGACUGUAACUCCCAACGCAGCCUGGGGUGGAGAGGGCAGUCUGGGGUGUGGUAUUGGCUAUGGAUAUCUUCACCGGAUCCCAACCCAGCUCCCCAGUCUCCACAAGAAGCCACCGAGUUCCCUGCCAACUAAACCUAUCCCCCAGGACUCUCCUGUUUCUUCUCAUCUGGAGAUCAACUCCAGCCAGGGUGACUACAUAGAGGCCCUUCUGCAGGCAUCUGACUCUUCCUCGGAGGUGCAGCUCCCCGUGCCUGCAAGUCCUAGCCCUAGUGCUCCAGAUGUUGAGGGGCUUCCACAUUCCAUGGAGACGCCUCUCCAGCCUCCACCCCCACUGCAGCGAGUCAUGGACCCAGGCUUCUUGGACGGGUCGGGCAUUUCCCUCUUGGACAGCAGCAACGCCAGUCUCUGGCCUGGCUUAACAUCUUCUACAAGUCUGACCUCAACAGCUGUCUCUGCCUCAGGGGUGGAGGACAUCUGCUCCAGCAGUGGGUCUCAGGAGCGGGGUGGUGAGGCCACGUGGUCUGGAUCAGAGUUUGAGGUCUCCUUCUUGGACAGCCCAGGUGUCCAGACUCAGGUGGAUCACCUGCCUCAGCUGACGCUUCCCGAUAGCCUCACUUGUACGGCUUCACCAGAAGAUGGACUGUCUGCUGAGUUGCUGGAAGCUCAGGCUGAGGAGGAGCCGGCUAGCACAGAGCGCCCAGCUUUUGGGAUGGAGACUGAGGGACCAGCUAACCAAGCCCAGAUCUCUGCCGCAGAAUAA